GCCCCAAAAGCGAAAGCGAGCCGACCCCGAAAAGGAGGAUUUUUUUUUUCCUUCCUCUCUCUCUUCUCCUCCUCCUCCCUUCCCAUCUCCGCCGCGGAGAGGCGCAGGCGAGGGCGCGCGUUCCCCGCAAUGGCGGCCACCUAGUCCCUCAAGGAAUCCUCGCGCUUCUUCUUCUUCUUCUCGGAUGCGAGAGCUUGCUGUGAUUGCUGGCUAGCUAGCUUGCCGGAAUGGAGGGCUUCUCGAGGGACUUGCUGUGCGGCAUCGGCAAGGGAGGAGACGGGCCCCGCGGCGAGGUGAGGCCGCGCGUGGACAUGGAGGCUGAGGAGGUGGAGCUCAACCUCGGGCUGUCGCUCGGCGGCCGGUUCGGGCUGGACAGGAGAGGGGAGAAGCUCGCCAGGUCGUCGUCGGUCGCGGCCAUCUUGGCGGCGCCGACGGAGCCGUCGGCGCCGCCGUCCGGGCUCUUCAGGACGAGCUCGCUGCCGACCGUGGCCGCCGCGGAGGCGGCGAAAAAGCAGGGUGUGGAUGAAUUGAACUGUCGCCGCCCGAGCGGCGGCGCGGAGGCGGAGCCCGCGGCGGCGAGGCUGCCGGCGAGCGGGAGCCCGUCAUCGGGCUCGUCGGACGGCGAAGGGCGCAGGCUUGAAGUGAAUAUGACAGACACUCUCAUGAGAACAAGUUCACUCCCUGCCGGCAUCGAGGAUGAAUGGAGGAAGCGAAAGGAGGCUCAGAGUCUGAAGCGACUCGAAGUGAAGAGGAAGAGAAUUGAGAGGAGGAACUCUCUCACUUCCAACAUUUCCAAAGAGGCUGUUGGGCAGAUAUUAGAGGAGAUGAAUGCAGGAGCUGAGAAAGUAGAAAGUUGCGAUGAUGUUGCUACAGGCAAUAAGAAGACGGGAGGAAAUGUGAACCAUAGCAGUGAUAGAAACCGCUGCACUGGACUUCCUCCAGUCCACCGUGCCACGUAUACUCAACAACGUGGCAGUCUGUCCGGAAUACCAACAAAGCAUAUUCCAGCUAUGAAAGGAUCUGCUGAUGCCGAAGAGCACAACGUUCCAUCGGCCGCUACUGAGCACCGAAAUGGAGCAGCCAUAGCAACACCGCCAUUUUCGGCACUGGCGGUGAGGGCAGUAGCUCUUGCUUCCAGGGGAGAGCAGCUGCGUGCUACAGGAAGAGUUGCGGCAAGAGCCAAGAGCAUGGGAGAUGUGGAGAGGAUCAUGAUGCAGGAGAUGCCAUGCGUGUGCACCAAGGGGCUCCCCAAUGGCAAGAGGGUUGAAGGCUUCCUGUACAAGUACAGGAAAGGCGAGGAGGUGAGGAUUGUCUGUGUUUGCCAUGGCAGCUUCCUGACCCCUGCUGAGUUUGUGAAGCACGCCGGAGGUGGAGAUGUCGCGAACCCGCUUCGGCAUAUCGUCGUCAACCCUAUCCCGCCAUCCUUAUACUGAACCUCUCUGUCAGCUCACUGCUGCUCUUGCAAGUGUUACUAUAGCUUCAGUCAGCCCUUCACCUUAGCUUCAGAAUUCAGUUCAGAGUAGAAUCUGAUUGUGAGACUUGUCUUAAUGUUACAAGUGUUUAUUAUGCUAAGGAGACAGCGGGAGAUUUGCUCCUGCUGACAUAAAAAGUGGUUAACAUGGCUCCAUUGAUCAUUGUUAAA